UAUUAUUGCAUAACUGAAGUUCGUGCUCUCCGUCUUGGGCAGGAAAAAUGGCCGAGCAUCUCUUUGAGGACAUCUUCCACGUGACCAGGAUCGACCCGGAUGGCAAGAAGUUCGACAGAGUUAAUCGCAUUGAGGCUAGAAGUGAGCAGUUGGAGAUGUACAUGCAAUUAGAUAUCGCUACCGAUGUCUACCCAAUGCAUAUGGGUGACAAGUUCACCAUGGUUUUAGCUCCGACACUGAAUCUGGAUGGGACUCCAGACACUGGCUACUAUACACAGGCUGGUAGGAAAACACUUGCUGACAAGUAUGACUAUGUAAUGCAUGGAAAGCUUUACAAGAUUUCAGAGGACAAUUCCAGCAAGGAUAAAGGACCUACUAAAGUGGAGAUCUAUGCAUCUUUUGGUGGCCUCCUGAUGUUGCUCAAAGGCGAUCCUUCAAGUGCUGCUAACCUCGAGCUGGAUCAAAGGCUGUUCCUCCUCAUCCGAAAGGUGUAAGCGUGGCAUCUACCGGAUAACCAGUGCUUGUAGUUCACUCAGGGCUAUACUGAGCCUGUGAUCGUUUGGAUGCUAAUCGCCCUACACCCU